AUGGACUUUGCCAUGAGAGACCUAAACAAACACAAGGAUGCGCUGGUGAAGUUCAGCGGCAGGAAGUGGGCCCUGCUGGAAGCGGGCGAAGCGGUUGCGAGGCGGAUCUGCCUGGCCGAAGGCAUUCCUCUGCCAGCAUUCGAUGCGCACCACGAGCAAGCAGAGCAGCAGGCCCCGCAGCAGCACCAGGCGCAGCAGCAACAGCAGCAGCAGCAGCAGCAGCAGCAGGAGCAGGCUUUGGGGCUGCCGCCGCUGCUGCCACCGGGCCGCGAAGACGGCACCGCUCUGGAGCAGCCCUUGGCAGUGCAGGCGCAGCCGCGGGUGGUGGCGCUGAAGCAACAGAGCCUGUGA